ACUCACCGCCAGAAACCCCGAUGGGAAGGCCAGCCUCCACAAUCGAAAUCCCCGACAAACGGCACCGUUCGAACAGCCGCUACACCCCUGAUUCCGAUGUCUCUGAUGACUACCGAAGCCGUCGUAGUCCUAGUUAUGAAUCAUACGGUCGCUCCGCUGACAACGAUCGUUACCGCCGUCGAUCGGAAUCACCUGAGUACAGAAGCCCUAGAUACAAACAUGGAAAUCUGAACGGCGAUGCUUUGCCGAAGCAAUUCGGACGUGGAGAUCGCCGCGGAAAUGGCGUAUUUCUCGACCGAGAUCGUCGCGAUGCUGGGCGCUUUGAUUCUGAUUCUGAUUCGGACGAGGAGUUCAAGGGCUUGAGCUACGAGGAGUUCAGAAGGUUAAAGAGGCAGAAGAUGAGGAAGAUGUUAAAACGCUGUAUUUGGAAUGUGACGCCGAGUCCACCAAGAGGUGAGAGCGAUGAUUGGGAGGAGAAAAUGGAAGGAAUUCCUGACGAAAACGGGCAUGAUGAUGUGUUCAAGACUGAGUCGGCCGGCAAGGAAACUAAAUCGAAAGGGGAAUCUGAAUCUUCGUCUGAGAAAUCUGCCAGUAGUGAAUCGGAGAGUUCGUUCGAGUCCGAGUCUGAUUCUGAAUCAGAUGUUUCCCGCUCAAGGAGGAAGAAGAGAAGGAAUUCAGGCUCCAAGCGCAGGAGUAGGAAGUCGUACAGCCACACUGAAUCUGAGGAAAGUGAGAGUGAGUCUGAAGAAGAUCGUCCGCGGAAAAAGAAAUCGAUUAAGAGUAGGAGAAACAGAAGCAGACGUAAAAGGAGCAGUAGGAAGAGGAGGAAGAGAAGAGACAGCGAUUCGGAUGCCAGUGAGGACAGUGAAAGUGAGGAGUCUGAUGGUAGUCGAUCCACAGAUGAUCGUGAGAGGUCGAGGAAGAAACGUAAGCUAACUUCGGGUUCUCGAUCAAAGGAUAGCAGGAGAAAGAGACGGUCUCGUGAGAAAAGUGACGAUUCUGACUCUGAAGAGAGUUCGGAUGCUGAAGGUGAUGCAAAGAGCAAGGCGGAGGAGGUGAAGCCAGAAAUUAAUGCUGAGGCGCUGAAACUGAAAGAAUUGUUUGAGUUGCAGAAAAAACCCGCAUUGGAUGAUGAACCCGUGGUUGGACCACAACCUUUGCCGAGAGCUGAGGGCCAUAUUAGUUAUGGUGGGGCGCUCAGGCCUGGUGAAGGUGACGCCAUUGCACAGUAUGUUCAGCAAGGAAAGCGUAUCCCUCGCAGAGGUGAAGUGGGUCUUUCUGCGGAGGAAAUUCAGAAGUUUGAAAGCCUCGGAUAUGUGAUGAGUGGCAGUAGGCAUCAAAGGAUGAAUGCUAUUCGUAUUAGGAAAGAAAACCAGGUUUAUAGUGCAGAGGAUAAGCGUGCUCUUGCAAUGUUUAACUACGAAGAAAAGGCCAAGAGGGAACAUAAGGUUAUGGCUGAUCUGCAGCGGCUUGUGCAGCGCCAUAUUGGGCAGGAUGUUGGUCCAACUCAUGAUCCUUUUGGCGCAAAAGCGUUGGACGGCACUGACGCUUGAUUUCACGUAUGUUGUACAUGUUAUGCUUGAAGUUCCUCCUAGUGCAUUUUAUUCGGCUGACUAUGGGUUACACUAUGGUGUUGGAUAUGUAGAUGUAGUUAUGAAGUAUGUAGCAGUAAGCCGUUUUGGGAUUGUUAACUUCAUUUGAGCUUAUUUUCUCUGAGAAGGGGGAGUCUUUUACCCACUGAAAUGAGUAAUAUGUUGUAUUAUUGAUUCUA